CGUGUGUGUGUAUCCCUGCAGCUGUGCUCUCUCUCUCAGCAGAGGGAGGUUCAGUCACUCAUAGCUGGAAUCUCGAGCCGGACGCCUCUGCAGCUCCAGCGCGUGCCAUGCAGGUCCCGUGCCCCCUGCGGCUGGUGCUAGCCAUGCUGGUGCCCGCCCUCGCCAUGCCCGACUACGACUACGGCUGGAAGGACCUGGGACCGACCUACGGGAGGAGCCCGCAGUGCGUGGACAUCCCGGAGGACCUGCGGCUCUGCUACACGGUGGGCUACCACCGCAUGCUGCUGCCCAACCUGCUGGACCACGAGACCAUGGCGGAGGUGAAGCAGCAGGCGGGCAGCUGGGUGCCCCUCGUGCACAAGCAGUGCCACCCGAGCACUCAGGUGCUGCUGUGCUCGCUGUUCGCCCCCGUGUGCCUGGACAGGGCCGUGUACCCGUGCCGCUGGCUGUGCCAGGCUGUGCGGGACAGCUGCGUGCCCAUCAUGGAGGCGUUCGGCUUCCCCUGGCCGGAGAUGCUGAACUGCAGCAGGUUUCCUGAGGGCGACGUCUGCAUCUCCACCAAUGCCACGGACACGCCGCCCGGCACGCCAGGUCAUGUCAGUAUAUGCCCACCGUGUGUAGAUGAGGAGAAUGCAGACAGUAUUCUGGAGCACCUGUGUGCCAGCGAGUUUGCCAUUAAAUCCAAAAUAAAGAAGAUAAAAAAAGAUAAGAACGAUAAGAAGCUGAUCCUGCAGAGAAGGAAAAAAGCAGUGAAGCUGGGGACCCUGAAGAAAGAGGAGCUGAAGAAGAUGACGGAAUUGUAUCUGAAGAACGGAGAAAACUGUGACUGUAAACAGCUGGAGAACUCUGGGAGCCAGUAUCUCUUCAUGGGCCGUACAGCCGGGGGGCGCUACCUGCUGACCGGCAUCCACAAAUGGGAUAAAUCUAACCCAGAGUUUAAAGAGACGAUGAAGAGGAUGAAGAACUUCAAAUGCCCUCAGUAUGAAUCAGUGUUUAAAUGACUGACCCUCCACAGCGAUCAGCAUUAGAGACCCUGUUCACACCUGGCAUCAUCAUCAUGCGUUCUGGGUGAUCUAUCUGAUCAGUAUAAAGUGUGAACAGGUGUGAACGGGAUCCAUACAUAAUAACCACGAUACCACACCGUCCACCAUCCAGAUGGGUUAGCUGGUGGCUGGGGCACAAACUAAACUAGCUGCUCAUCUGGAUUUGGGUUGAUGACUCCGCCCACAACUUGUAGACUCUUACUGUAGCUAGACCCACCUCGGAAAUGUGUGUUUAGCAAUCACUUGUGAUCAGAUCACCCAGGACGCAUGCUAUUACCAAGUGUGAACGGAGUCUAAUAUAAAUAUAAACUAUACUAUUUUCUCAGCAUUAUACUGUAUAACCUUGUGUUGUAGUAACGUUUGUGCUGAAACUCUGGGACAGCCAGGAGGAGUCACCUGCACUCCACCUGCACACCUGGGAUAUAAACCAGCGUAGACAAGAAGUGAACCAAGAUGGCCUUCACAUAACAAAUUUCUCAAAAUACACUCACUUUAUACACUCACUGACAAACAUAAUAAUGCACCAAUUAGUUAAUAGGAACAAUUGAAACGAAGCUCUAGUUUAGACUCUGUUGGUUCCUGUAUCCUGGAUAUAAGAUGAGAUUGAGACGGUUGGAUGAAGAGUCCCAGCUGCUCCAUAAAUGCUGGAUUGGUGAAAAAUCUGGAGACCAGGCAGGACUGUAUGUGGGUGAGCAUUAUCCUGCUGAGAGAAUACUAUCAGUUCUGCCAUGAGAAGCAGCAACACAUGUAUCUGCAGGAUGUUCUGCACAUAUCACUCAGCUGUUAAUUUUCCUCGUAUCACUACGAGGGGUGACCAACUGUUGUAUGAGAUGCUCCUCAGAUUAUUCAUAACACCAGUAGUUUAUUGAAUCAGAUUCCAAACAGAACUUUGAUUUAUCACUUAAUACAAUAAAGUUGUAGUCCAUAGCAGUCCAGGUUUCUCAGGUGAUGGUGUUCAAUUUAUUGGAACAACCACCCUGCUGUCUGUCUUCAAACGUAUCAUAGAGGCAUGUCUAGCAGUCAACAGUCUCUCACCAGGAGGUACAAUACCCAACAGUAUCCUGUGAAAGGCUUUUUAUAGGUCAAAAGGGAAGGCAAUUAACCCCUUUUGUGGUAAAUCACAGUGAGUAGGGAGACAACAGCUGUAAUCAUUUAUAUAUAUAUAUAUACAUAUAUAUAUAUAUCUGAGACAGAAAUCUGGGGUGCGUUAUGUUUUUUUUUUUUCGGUUAGUGAGUGUAAAAUGUACAGUACAAUCCAACAUAACACUAUUACACUGUUUUUGUUUUUACUUUUGAAGAAAAAAAAAAUCACCAUAACAAUUAAAAACAGUCAUAAACCCACA